UCGGAAAUUUCUCGAAUUGGACGGUGGAGCCAGACACCUUGGGCUUGGUGUGCUGGUGGUAAUCGAUCGUUGAAAAAGUGGCACAACUCCGGCGACAGCGAUUCAUCAUGUAAAGAAGGCCUCUUAGUGGCGACCUGAUGAUCUGUUCGUGAUUCGAUGUGAAUUGAGGACGGAGUCAGUGGCGCUUGUCUAAGCGAGGAAGAUGUCCAGCUCGUGUUCCCGAACACAGCAGCCCACCCUGGCGUUCCCCCGCAGGAAGUCAUCACGCAUUACCUCGGGGAUGAAGAGCGCCGCCCUACUGGGUGAACUGUGUCCCGCAGCCGCAAAGUCGGCCCGAGCUGCAGCUCCUCCUCUAACCAGGAGGAAGUCCAACAGGAGCACCCCCAAGCCUUCUGGGAUGACUGUUGCACCUCUGAGCCCCCGCAAGCGCACAGGUGACGACAACGGAUGCAACGUGCCCUCGUCCCUCUGCUGCUCACCGUCCAAGCAAAGCUGCCACAGAUCUGGGGACGAGAACAGCCCCGCAUCACAAAGUGCCCCCUCCCCCCUCAGGCCCUCGCAGGAGGCCCCCUGCAGCCGGUCUGCCAAACGGGCCCCUGUGGCACGCCUCUUUGCAGCAGAAGAGGCGCAGUGUCAGAGUGUGAAGCAGGCCCUCCACACAGCUCUGCCCGAGCGCCUGCUGUCCCGGGAGCAGGAACAGGCGUCCAUCCGCUCCUUCCUGCUGGACAGGGUGAAGGCAGGAUGUCCAGGCAGCCUUUACAUCUCCGGGGCGCCAGGGACAGGCAAGACAGCCUGUCUGAGCUGCGUGCUGCAGGACAUGGAGAACGAUCUUCAGUCAGUUCAGAAAAUUAUCAUCAACUGCAUGACGCUGCGCAGCUCCCAGGCAAUCUUCCCCCGGGUUGCCAAAUGCCUGGGCGUUUCUGCUGACGACCUGGAGAAGCAUCUUACUAAAUCAGGCCCUGCAGUGUUGCUCAUCCUGGAUGAAAUGGACCAGCUGGACAGUAAGGCUCAGGAUGUGCUCUACACCAUAUUCGAGUGGCCCCACCUACCCGGGUCCCGCCUCUGUCUCAUUGGUGUUGCCAAUGCACUGGACCUCACAGACCGCAUCCUACCCCGCCUGCACACCCGGCCCGGCUGCCGCCCAGCACUCCUCCACUUCCCACCAUACAGCCGAGAGGAACUGACCGCCAUCGUGCAGGACCGCGUGGCCCAUGUGGCCAGUGAGGUGUUGCUGGACGCAUCUGCAGUGCAGUUCUGUGCCAGGAAGGUGUCGGCGGUGUCGGGAGACGCCCGCAAAGCGCUGGACAUCUGCAGGAGGGCCGUGGAGAUGGUGGAGUCGGAGACAAGGUCCAGGUUGACCGCCGUGACCUCAGAAUCCAAAGUGUCCCGGGUGGGCGUGGCCCAGGUGGCGCGGGUCCUCUCCGACGUCUACGGUGACCGCAUGGCAUCCAGGGAAGGAGAUGGCGAGAGUUUCCCACUGCAGCAGAAGCUGCUGGUGUGCAGCCUCUUAAUGGAAACACGCCGGGGAGGGGGGCGUGAGGUGCCGCUGGGCAAGCUCCAUGAAGCAUAUAGUCGCCUCUGUGUCCAGCGCCACGUGUCACCUGUCAGUCAGAGUGAGUGCCUGUCGCUGUGCUCCCUCCUCGAGAGUCAGGGCGUCUUUGCACUCAGGAAGGCCAAGGAGGCGCGAACCACCAAGGUGUGUCUGAAAAUUGAGGAACAGGAUGUGGAGAAUGCGCUGAAGGACCACACACUUUUGGGCAGCAUCCUGUCCACCUGCCUUUGAUAGGAACUGACCGUCUCCUUGACAACCAUCCUGUGAAUCCAAGUGUUCACAGUGCUGUUUCCCUCGGCAGCUCUGGUGUGUGUGUGUGUGUGUGUGUGUGUGUGUGUGUGUGUGUGUGUGUGUGUGUGUGUAUACAUAUAUAUAAUACACACACAUAUAUAUACCCACAGCAGAGCACUGUAGGUUUCCCUGCUGCCCUCUGGUCUCACUGGUAGUUACAGAAACUGGCUGUAUUUUAUUUACCAUGUUUACUUGCUCCUCCGGCUGUAUGUUUUCCUUAGAAUAUAAGUAGCAUCUGCUGAGCUCUGCUCACCCCCCUGUUCAGUGAGAGCUGGACAAUGUCAGUAUCAGUGCUUUGUGUCCUAAUUUCCAUGA